AUGUUCUCAAUCUGCUAUGCCGCACUGUCGUUCAUAGGUGUCGCCUUGGCAUAUUCUGCUGAAGUCGACGAUCAAGGCUGGGAAACAUUACAAGUCGUACCUCAUGUCUCUGGACUUCGUGUCGAAAGCCCAAUCGGCGAGAAGGGAUUUAUAGGAUACACCGAAGCAUGGGAACUCAUUGUGGAACCGAAUGUACCGGUUACUGUAAUUAUCUUCGGCUAUUGGCUUGACAGGGUGGAGUACAUCACAUUCACGGAUUCGAUCUGUUUAACAUCUGAGUUCAACAUUUCACGACAUAGCUUCACUCUGCAGACGGAGACAAGGAUUGAGUUGAAAAUGUCAUUCCCGAAUGGAGAGGAUUCAUGGAGGCUGUGUGUAAAACAGCAAGGACAAUUGGGAGAGCUUUUGCUGAUUGAUGAUGAUCGAACAUGGAUAAAUACAAAAGAAACCCACGAAGAACACUACUUUCCAAUUUCUGUGCAGGUCGGAAUUCUGUGUGUACUUUUUACCAUGUCUGCCUUAUUCUCGGGUCUGAACUUAGGUCUUAUGACAUUAUCAGUGCAAGAGCUCAACCUAAUCAUCAAAAGUGGCACAAAGGAAGAGGCAAAAAAUGCAGAAGCUAUUCUGCCUAUACGAAUGCAAGGCAACCAUCUUCUUUGUACAAUUUUAAUCGUUAAUGUGGUAGUAAAUGCAGCUAUAUCCAUCUUGCUCGAAGACCUCACUACCGGUACCAUUGCUUUUGUAGCAUCAUCCGCGGGAAUUCUACUUUUUGGAGAGAUCACUCCACAAAGCGUUUGCGUCAAGCACGGUCUCGAAGUUGGGGCGCGAACGAUUUGGAUCACAAGGUUCUUCAUGUUCAUCACUGCACCUAUCUCCUAUCCGAUAAGCAAGAUUUUGGAUUACUUGAUAGGAGACGAAGUUGGCCAGUUUGACAGAGGCCGUCUCAUUGAAUUGUUGAAGAUGUCCACAGAGGCUGGGCAAAAUAAGGAGAUGGCCACAGAGGUGAAGAUUGCAGUUGGAGCAAUGGAAUUCGCGAAUAAGGUUGCAAAAGAUGUCAUGACUAGAAUCGAUGAUGUAUUCAUGCUGUCGGAAAAUGACAUACUUGAUGCAGCGACGCUUACCAAAAUCAUUCAUAGAGGUUAUACACGAAUUCCAGUUUAUGUGGAAGGAGACAGGAACAAAGUCACAUCACUUUUGUUUGUGAAAGAUCUUGCUUUGAUCGAUAAGAAAAAUAAUAUUGCUGUAAAAGCGGUAGCAGAAUUCAACGAGAGACAGUUACGGAUUAUUGACGAAGAUAUGCCAUUGCCACAGCUUUUGGACGAGUUCAAGGAGGGAAAUUACCAUCUUGCCAUGGUCAGAAAACUCAAAAACAUUUCGUUAUCUACAGAUGAUGACCACCAUUCACUAGAAAAUUAUGACGAGAUUCAGAAAGACACUGCAGACUCUUCUCAAACACACGAUUGUGUGCCACUCAAAGAAACAGAAAGCGACACUUUAAUUGGCUUAGUCACUCUCGAAGAUCUGCUUGAAGAGAUUCUACAAUCUGAAAUAAUCGAUGAAAGCGACUCCGUUAUAGAUAAUGUUCAUCGCUACCGUCGUCGUGCUCAUCAAACGAGAGUUUCUGAAGUCUUCUGCUGUGAGGCAAAAAGCGAUCCUUUGUCGCUAAAUAUGCUACAAGUGGUUACACGUUGGUUGACUGAGAGACAUGUGUUCUUUAGUGAUCGGUACAUGGAAGAGCGAGCUCGAGAAAAGAUGAUUCAGACAAAUAUUCGACAUGUCAUACUGGUUACGGGGAAGGAAGAAAAAGGUGUUUACCUUUAUGAGUGCGGCGUUGCGAGCAGACGAUUCAUCCUAAUAUUGGAAGGAACUGCAACGGUGUCGUUUCCAAAAAUAAAUAUGUCUUUUGAAGUGGGUCCAUGGUCAUGCUUUGGAGAAACUCUCUUCCAUAAGAUUUCCGCAUCUAUGCGAAGCCGACAAGAUACACAAGCAAGCAGUUUCACUCCAGAUUUUGAUUUACAUGUGCAGCAGACCUGUCGCUUUCUUCAGCUCCCAACCUUGGCUGUUGUGCGAGCUCUGCGUUUGUCGCGAUUUGUCAAACAAAUCAGGACACCGAAAGCCUCUAGUUCUGAAGAAGACGAUCCUGUUCCCUUGUUUUUAGGCGGAACCGGACGUAGCAAAGAUACUUUAUCGGCCUACUUGCUGGGACCUCACCACACAUCUCUCGCUGCCAGAAUACAACAAGGAAUGAAUCGUUCAAGUAACUCAACUUCUGUUGCUCUCAAACUACACGCUUCGUCUCCAGCAUUGGCAGAGUUGGAGGAGGAAUUAUGA